AUGGGUAUUGCGUCGAAUGCUCUCUAUUUUGCUGUUCAUCCGAAUCAGAUUGGAGUGCUAGUUCAAUGGAAACUACGCAAUGGCCCUAUACACAAGAGGGACGAAACACAAGAGUCGGCAACAGCCAAAAUCUGCUUCGACUUCUUGCAUCAGACAGGUCGUAGCUUCAGUCCCGUCAUCAAAGAGCUACACCCAGAGCUACUCUUGCCCGUAUGCGUGUUCUACCUGACACUGCGUGGCCUCGAUACGAUCGAAGACGACACCUCCAUUCCCCUCGAUGCAAAGGAGCCGCUCCUUCGAAACUUCAAAAACCACCUAGACCAGGAUGGCUGGACAUUCACCGGCAAUCGCCAGGAAGAAAAGGAUCGUGAGCUAUUGGUACAAUUUGACAGUGUUAUUGUUGAAUACAGGAAAUUGAAACAACCCUACCAAGCGGUGAUUAAGAAUACCACAGACAAAAUGGGCAAUGGUAUGGCCGAUUUUGCGAGGAAAGCGGCUUUCGGGGACGUCAGCGUGAGUACCGUGGAAGAGUACGAUCUUUAUUGCUGGCAUGUAGCCGGGAUAGUUGGCGAGGGCCUGACCUACCUCUUCGUCGAGGCCGAGUUGGCCGAUGCAACCCUGAUCAAUCAUUCGCUGUAUAGAUCAAUGGGUCUUCUCUUGCAAAAGAACAACAUUACCCGCGAUAUCCGUGAAGAUUUUGACGACGGUCGCCGGUUCUGGCCCAGAGAGAUUUGGUCCAAGCAUGUCGAUAACUUCGAAGACUUGUUCGACUCUAAAUAUACCGAGAAUGCCUUGAACUGCAGCUCCGAGAUGGUCUUGAAUGCCCUGGGACAUGCGUGCGAUUGUUUGUUGUAUCUUGCGGGCUUGCGCGAGCAGAGUGUGUUCAAUUUCUGUGCGAUUCCCCAGACCAUGGCUUUGGCUACACUGGAGUUGUGUUUCCGGAACCGGGCCAUGUUUAAAGGGAAUGUCAAGAUCACGAAGGGAGAUGCGUUGCAGUUGAUGCUUGAGUCAAGUCAGGACCUCGAGAGUGUGGCGAAGGUCUUUUGUCAUUAUGUUCGUCGAAUUCAACAAAAAAAUGACACCAAAGACCCGAAUUUCUUGAAGAUUAGUAUUGCAUGUGAAGAGGUUGGUGCUUCAUAA